UUCUGCCCCAGCUAAAUGGAUCUUCUGCAGUUUCCCUGAACUCACCGUGCUCUUCAAACCUCUACAGUCUGCACAGACUGUUCCCUUUGUUGAAAAUGUCCUUCCCCUCCUCUGUGUCCAGCAAGCUGAGUCAGUAUACUGCACCAGAGCAUGACUUCGGGGCCCAAUGGGCCAGUAUCAACUCAAAGUCCAUCCUUCCUGGCUGCAUGACCUUGGGUGAAGAAUUUCACGAUGUGGAGGACGCAGAAACCUACAAGAAGAUGCUGACUCGGGACGAGCGGCGUUUCCGGGCGGCUGACCGGGAUGGGGACUCAAUGGCCACUCGGGAAGAGCUGACGGCCUUUUUGCAUCCUGAGGAGUUCCCUCACAUGCGGGACAUCGUGAUUGCUGAAACCCUGGAGGAUCUGGACAAGAACAAAGACGGCUAUGUGCAAGUGGACGAGUACAUCGGUGAGUGCGACCUGAUUCCCUCCCCAAGGAGGCCUGUCCUCUCCCGAGCAGCGGUGGCAGCUGAUAUAUAUCAGCCAUUAGAGCGAAGGCUCUCUGAAGUGGGGCAGGGCUGCUGCCUAGGUCCAGCCAUCCACCCAACAUUUACUGAGUAUCCACUGUGGCCAGACCUAAGGAACAUUUACUGAGCACAUAUAUUUGCUGGGCCCAGCAAAUCUUUAUCAAACACCUAUUGUGUACCAGGCUCAGGAAACAUUUAUUGAGUCCCUUCUGUUUGCCAGACCGCAAAAGCAUUUAUCAAGCACCUACUGUGUGCCGGGCCAGGAAAUAUUUAUCAAGCACCUACUGCAUGUUGGUGGUCGAGGAUAGAGUAGAGAAUAUCACAGAGCAGGUCCGUUCCUGGGAAAGUGUGGAGUUUCUACAAAAUCAGGGCUCAGGGGCUGUGUUUGGUUGGGAUAGGAUGUCAGGGAAAUUGUCUUGAGCCUGCAUUUACACAGCAAAUGCUGCAUCUCCUGUUAUUCAGGAUGUCGGGGAGCCCUCAAGACACCCCCCAAUUCCCCAUUGGUUCUGCCUCUGUCCCUGUCCUCAGGGGUACAAAGAAUUUGGUUGAAGGGAAGGCUAUUAAACGCGGAAGUCUUUAAAGUUUGAAAACAUUGCUUUAUAGAAUGCUUUUAUGGAACAAACCCAUAGGCAAGACAUUUUAAUUUAAGCAUCAUUUAUUUUUUUCUGUCUUCGAGGAAGAUAGAAGUCUCUCUCUCUCUUUUUGGUCAGAAAGAACUCCAGGGACUUCCCUGGCAGUCCAGUGGUUAGGACUCAGCGUUUUCACUGCCAUGGCCACAGGUUCAGUUCCUGGUCGGGGAACUAAGAUCUCGCUCGCAAGACGCACAGCAUGGAAAAAAAAAAAAAAAAAAAAAAAAAGA